AUUGACUAUACUGACACUUGACAGUGACGUUCAAUCAAAGUUUAUUUUAAUUUUUCCUUGUAAAAAAUUGGCUAAUAAAAUGUAGGAAUAUAUAUUUUUUUCUAAAUAAAGAUGAUUGCCGUUGAGGAUUACCCAACUAUAACAUUCCAAAAUUCUAAUUUUCCGACGACUGUAUUUCAAAAAUUAUUCGAACAAAAAAAAGCCAGCAAAUUUUGUGAUAUCACUCUUUUUGUAAACAAUAGGAUAAUAAAAGCACAUAGAAAUGUUCUGGCUUGCAGUUCACCCUAUUUUGAUUCAAUUUUAAAAAAUCAUAAAGUUCAAAGAGAGAAAUUAGAAAUUUCUUGUACGGAUACUACAAUUUUUAAUGCUGUACUUAAUUUUAUGUACACGGGAGAAAUAAGUAUAAAUCAUUCUAUUAUAGAAGAAUUAUUAAGACUGGCUGAUCACUUUAUAUUAACGACAAUUGUGGAAUACUGUAUAGAUUUCUUAGGCUCUAAAUUGAAUGUAAACAACUGUCUCUUUACGUUUUUUCUUUCGAAACAAUAUAAGUUGAAGCAUUUAAAUGAUGUCAUAGAAAGUUGGAUUGCAAAAAAUAUUGAUGAUAUAUGUAAAGGAGAAGAAAUUCUCCGCUUAGAUAAGAAACAACUCCAUGAUUUCUUCACCAACAAGAACUUUGUUUUAACUACAACAACUGCUCUUAAUUUAUUAUCCUUAUGGGUUCAGAAGGAUCUUGAGAAAAGAGAGAAACAUUUUGAUCAGCUCAUUAAAUGUUUCCCUACUAAUGAUUUAGAACCUAUAGAAGUUUUCAAACAUUUAGAAACAAAUAAUUUGUAUAACAAGAGUGAGUUUUGUUUAUAUAUAAUUUUGGAUUACUUAAUUGUGAAUAAUUGGAUGCUUUCAAAUUUCAAAACAAGAUAUGAUGUCUUACACGUAAAAUAUGGACAGAUUUCACAAGAUAAAGUAAUGGAUAUUGAUAUAAAGCAAAAGAAAAUUAUGGUUUCGGAAAAAUUAGAAACACCUAUUAAAAAUUCACUAUUAGUUAAAGCGAAAUUGAGAAAUAGGAAACAGAAUAUUUUGAAGAAAUUGAUGCUUUUCGGAUUGCAACCUAGCGUAAGAAUGGCUGCUUUGAAAAUGCUAAUUUGCAAAAAAAAACCAUUGUUAUUAGACGACGAAGAAAAAGAAGAAUAUGAAGUUUCCACAGAUACAGAUGAAAAAGUUGUCAUCAAAUGCCCGAUAUGUUUUACCACAAUAAAUGAUAGUUUACUACUAGAACAACAUCUAGCUUUAAGUCACGCUAAAAAUGUAACUUACAAAUGUGGUUUAUGUUCAUUUGUUUGUCAAUACCACGGCGAUUAUUUGAAUCAUAUGAAAACCCAUUUCAGUGGACCACCUUUUAAAUGUGACUUUUGUAACUUCAGCGUGGAACAAAUAUCGAAGCUAAUAACACACCGAGCUCAUCAUUUAGACGAAUCCAUUUACCAAUGCACGUUUUGUACUUUCAAAUGUCGCCUUAAACAAAACUACAUCUCUCACAUGAAAAUGCACACUCCAGAUAUGUUUAAAUGCGAUCAUUGUUCAAAAACCUUCAGGUUCAGCCAAAAUCUCGAAGCUCAUCUUUUAACUCAUUCAGCAGACAAGAAUUUAUCUUGCGAUUUAUGCGGAUUUCAUACAAAAUUCAUAAGUCAUAUGAUCGCUCACAAAAGAAUACACGCAGCCGAUAUAUAUCGUUGUUCAUAUCCUCAUUGUAAAUACACAACGUCGAAAAAAACUCAGUUAGCCAGUCACGCUAAAAGUCACAACGGCGUGAGGCCGCACGUGUGCGGCGUUUGCGGUCGCAGUUUUAUGGAAAAAUCUCAUCUUGUACGUCACGAACGUAUCCAUUUGGAAGAAAAACCUUUCAAAUGUUCGCAUUGCGAUUACGCUAGCUCUAGAAGGGAUAAACUCAAGGAGCACUAUACUAGACAUCACGGAGAAAACGCUUCAGCUAAAGUACCUUAUAAAGCCAGACCUUUGAGGAAUAAUGGCGGUACUUCUAAACCGAAACCUCAGAGCACUCCGGAUUUGCCUACAACAACAACAAAUACCAACGUUAACUUCACACAGACAAAUAGUUCAACCGUAGCCCCAUCAACUCUCGGUUCGGAAAUUCAAGAAUUGAUAAUGCACCAUCAGAACCAUACCACACCCUCAGCGACCAAUCUGACUGUUUUAAACUCAACCUAUCAUCAUUUCGGCACUAACGAAUCAUCUGAUUUCCACCACGCCCACGCCGUUCAUACCCAUAACAUCCACAAUCAAAUAUUGGGAACGACUACUGGGGGUAGUCACAACCAAAGAUCCGCAAGCAAUAAUACCCAACAUUCUAAUAAUAACCUUGUAAAUCAUCAUAUGUUGUCAGCUGCGGCCGCUGUACGUUCUAAUCCUACGACUGCGACUUCUACAGCCGCGGCUGUAGCUGCUGCAAUGAUGUUGGAUCCAAGAUUUCAUCAUAAUUCUGCGGUACCUUAUCCUCCGAAUACACCAGUUUCGAUGGCAAUGGCAGUGGCGCAAUCAACACAACCGAAUCAGUCUUCGAAUCAACAAACAACCGAUUAUCCUCCGACGUUGCAAAAUUGCAUGCCUUUAUUCUAGAAUUGAUUAUUCGUCGCUCGGUUUAGUGGACACACUUUAUAUUCUAGUCAUAAUGUGUUAUAUUUAUUGAUUUUGUUGAUAUUUUAGAGAGAAAAAAAACGUAUACAAUUGUUUUGUUUUUGUUUUGCUAAUUAAAACUUUUAAUUGUACAAUGACACUUAUUAAAUAAGGUAGCUAGGAAA